AUGAGUUAUACCGACGCCUCUGUGGAUAACGAGGACUUACACUUAUUGGUCAAGAAUACACCCCACGUCGCUCUUCCCUAUACCAUUUUUGAUCAUUCUUCCUAUUCAGGCCCUUACCAUCCUGGAAACAUUUGCAUCAACGAGCCUAAUGAGCAAUCGUCUCGUUGGUCUUCCAACUCCCAUGACCAAUCACAGUAUAUUACUAUUCAGCUAGAAGAGCCUACUGUGGUUUGCGAGAUUCUUUUUGGAAAGUUUCAUAGAAGUCAUGUCUGUAAUCUCAAAGAGUUCAAAAUCUAUGGUGGCAUGGACCCCAACGAUAUGAGAGAACUAUUACACAAGGGUCUCACUGAUGAUAAUCAACCUGAAGUGUUUCCACUUCGCUACACCUAUCAUGAUCUGAUCUUUCCUGUUCAAUACAUCAAGAUCAAGCCCAUGGCCACAUUUGGAGCAAAUUUCAAUUACAGUAUUUGGUAUGUAGAAGUAAGAGGGAUCCAAGAGGAAAAAGUCAUGUCCAAAAUUUAUAACGCGUACAAUAAGUAUAUAGAAUUGGAAACGAUCCGCUUAUGUCUAAAACAUUUCCGACAAAAAAACAUGAUGUCUUUAUAUGAUAUGUUGCAACAAAGCACAAAAGUUCAGUUGGAACAUCCUCUAGUGCACCAGCUGCACAAGUCGAUCGUGAUCGAAGGAGAUUUUGAUAAAGCUGAACACUUGAUUUUAGAAGCGGAUAAAGAAAUGAACAUUUUCAAAUCAUACGUAGAACAGGCGAAAUAUAAAGCACAUUGGCAGUGGAUGAAUGCUACCAAUGAUGAUGGUGAUGCUCCUUGCGCAAGAGGCGGUCAUCAAAUGUGUAUCGACGUUGAAAAUGACAAAAUCUACCUGUUGGGUGGUUGGGAUGGAACAAGAGAAUUAGCCGAUUUUUGGUGUUAUCACAUACCCUCUCAAAGAUGGAAACUCAUCAGUUCCGAUACCUCACAGCAAGGUGGCCCCACAGCAAGAUCCUGUCAUACCAUAUGCUUUGACCCUCUGAAGAAAUCUAUUUUUGUUCUCGGGAGGUACAUUGAAACCACCAAAUGCAAUGCUGCCACCGCAUCAGGAAGUCAUCCCACCACUACCAUCCAUGAUACUGAAACCACCGUGAACUAUCACUCGGAAUUCUUUCAAUACUUUACAGAAUUGGAUCGAUGGCAAAUAUUGAGCGAAAAUACACUGCUUGAAGGGGGUCCUCCACUUUUAUGUGAUCAUCAAAUGUGUGUGGAUCCAGUGGGUAGAACACUUUAUGUCUUUGGCGGUCGUGUUAUUUCGCAAGAUACGCUCUGUAGUUAUGGUGGCCUCUAUGCUUAUGAUUUGGAUACUUCCGAAUGGAGAAUCCUCCGACAUGAUAUGAAUAGCACCCCUCAGCAAAUGCCAAGUCCAUCCACAAGCAUCAAAUCACGUACAGGACAUUCCAUGUUGCUCGACUCCACAUCACGUUGUCUUUAUAUUUUUGGCGGUCAGCGAGGCUCAAAAGAGAACUUGUCCGAGCUCUUCCGUUACGACAUUGAACAAGAUAAAUUAGUCGAAAUCGCUCAAGAUUUCGCUCGACAGUUCGGUUCCAAUUCAGGCUAUACGCAACGCGCCUCGAUUGACAUGGAUCGUCAAGAGCUGUAUAUUGCUUCAGGCUUUGUCAAAGAUAAACCCAACCGUAGUGUGAGCAAUUGCCUUUGGGUCUAUCGCAUUCAAACCAACCAGUGGGAAAAAGUGUUUGAGCGUGAAAAGAUCCCGCUGACUCGGAACAAAAGGCUGGCUCCCAUGGAAGACAAUGAACCUUGUCCGCGGUACACCUUCCAAAUGGUCUACCAUCCUGGCUUAAAGACGCAUUAUUUGUUUGGUGGCCAUCCUGGUGAUAUUGAAAAACCAACGGAAAGACUCGACGACUUUUGGGAGUUGAAAUUGACAAAACCUGAUACGGCACAAAUUGCACGUCAUUGUCUCUAUCUUCUUCGCACAAGGAGAUUACAAGAACUAUCGGAAGAGGUCAACAACAAUGCAUUGAAUACAACAGAUGCAUUCACAAAGAAAAAGCACAUCCUACAGUAUUUGAGGGAAUAUGUAGCACCCAUCGUAGACCAUCAUAACAAGAGCGAACUCAAGCAGUUUCAACUCCUGUGCACCCAUCUCUGUAUGGCUACAAACGAUGCACCUUCCUCCCCCACAGCAACAGCAAGUACCACCAAGAUGCAUGCCAAGGAUGAAACAAACGUGUCUCAUCCUCCUCAUCCUACUCUUUUCCAUACAGAGAAAAAUACCAGCACCAGUCAUUAUGAUGCACGUACUUUUGUUUUCCAAUCCUUACUCGAAUUCUUUCCUAGUUGCAUGAAAGAACCGGAAGGUGCUUUGAUAGAUGCUGUAAAAAUUAAAUAA